UUGUGGGUUAGAGUUGUUUUGCAGAGGACGGACUGCAUAGAUUUCAGCUCUGCACAGUCGGCCUUCAAGCGGAGAGUGACGUAUAGUUAUCCCUUCUGUGUUUUGAAGAUAUUAUAUCCAGUUUGCCAAGAUGAGUGAUAGCGACCUUAAAGCCAAGUUUCUGGAAUAUUGUACAUUUGGUGGACAAAAAGAUAAGACCACAAUCACCACCAAAAACGUGAACAAAAUGUUUAAAGAUUGCAACAUCUUCAACAAGAAGUUUAACAGUAACGCCUUAGACAUUGCAUUCUCUAAAAUACUAUCUAAAGGUCCAAAGGGGGCAAAAGAACUAAAUUUUCAGCAGUUUAAGGAUUUGCUGGCACUUCAAGAAAUAAAAGAUGCACACAAAGAUAAGGACAUUGCAAGCAUUAUUACUGGUGGUGGUGGACCAAGCCUGGCUGGCACAACUGGCACAAGUAAGACUGGCAAUGUUGCGGGUAUGACAGAUACGUCCAAGUACACUGGCUCUCACAAGGAGAGAUUUGAUGAGUCUGGCAAAGGCAAGGGGAUUGGAGGCCGGGCAGAUAUUGCUGAUGGCAGUGGAUAUGUUGGAAAUUACAAGGGCGCUGGAACAUAUGACGCCACGCACUGAGAUUAAGGACCCUACUUUUUGUUCAUUUGAUGCUUUGUGUUUGUUUGUAGGCAGCCGUUUUAAUAUGUUGCUUCACUUAGAAGAGAGCAGGCUUUGGUUUUGAGAAACAUUUUAAUUAUAGUAAAAGAUAUUGAAGAAUUUGACUGUGCUUGUUGGAAUGCAAAAUUUUUGUUGAUAUACAUGUAGAUUCUAAACUUCAAGUUGGUGGACAAUUCUAAAUAGUUUAGUGGUCAGUUAGUGAAAAUUUCAUCGUCAGUUUGAAAAAUAAGGAAGAUUUUUGUGUGCUAACAGUGUCAUCAUACAUAUUAUUAUUGCCCCAUUUAUGUGUUUAUAGAGAGCAUUUAUAGAAAAAAAUUAGGGGAUUUUUCCAGGGUUUUGUCGAUAUAAAAAUACAAUUAAGCCAGAUUAAAUUGAUAAGUUAAUUGGUAUACACGAUGACUGACCUUACAUUUGAAGAAAUUGGAUUUAUAUAGGCAGUACCUAGAUCACUUAUCUAUCAAAAGCUUUUGUCCAUACUUAGAAGUACAUUGAGUCAAGUGCAAAAUAACAUGCACCCAUAAAAUUAUGUCAUAAAUGAGGAACUGGAGCAAAUCUUGUUGUUGCUGUAUUUUUGAAAGUGGCAUUCUUUUGAGAUAAAAGCUUAUGAUGACAUUAAGAAAAUAAUUAACAGAACAACAAAUUAAAUCUCUAAAACCUAAAUUCAAGUAUGUAUUUUGUGCGUGGGCACAAAGUUUCUAAUUCUGAUGAUUGCUUUUAAUUUUGCCACAGGCUUGAAUAUGUACUGAUUACAGUUUUAUUCAAUUUGGUAAUGUUGCCCAUCUUUCUGGGGUACUUCAGUGUUGGACGCUUUAGUUUAAAGGACAGCUACAUGUUAUUUCAAUCCGUCCAAAUAUUUGUUCUGAAAUAUGAUUUUUUAAAUUUAUAUUUUUAUUAAUACAAAGCUCAUGUUUAAUUUUUAAUAUUUCAUUUUGUUUUAUUUAGAAUUUGCUUAUUUACUGUACAUCACAAACAGCUUCAACUUAGCAAGCAGCUGCUUUUGUCAAAUUAUAUACAGCAUACAGGGUUUUGGUACACUUAUUGUCACUAACAGGAUAUUUUGUAUUGGAGAUACUGGAUAAAGCCAUUUGGAUUUUUAUUCUGCACAUUUUACCAUUAUGAUACAACUGUCAGCAUGGUAAAAUGGAUUUUUCAUAUUCUUUUGUGCAAAGAUCAGAAAAAAGUUAAAUUUAACUCGCAUCCACUACUCUUGUCAUGAAAACGUCAUUUCUCAUAUAAUCUUUAAAGUUAGAAACCAGUGACUUUUUUUAAAGAAACCAAACAGCAUGUAGAAUAUGUGAUAAUUUUGUAUUUACACAACAGUUACUCACCAGCUUAUCUGUAAAAGUUUUUUAAAAACAUUUUUAGCAAUAUGUUUAUUUGAGAUCUUAUUUACUUGUAUAUUUUCAACUUAUCCUAUUCUUAUUAUGAUACACGUUUUAUUGUCAAAUGUUCUGUGCCUGUGUUUUAGGGGUCUUCAAUAAAUUCCAAUCAAAAGAUGAA